CAAGAGUCCGUCAUAUUUCAGAGAGGAGCGGCUGUCAAGUCUUGACCAAGGAGACAAACCAACUUGUAACUAUGAGAUGAUCUCUUUUCCCAUUUUCUUAAAUGUGGUUUCCAUCAGGAGAUCAUCUAUGAUUAAAAUCAUGGAAGUGGAGAAUGUAAUUACUUGGUUAAUUAUUUAAUGGGAGGCAGAUAAAACAAAGUAACUUCUAUACAACUUUAUAACUAGCAAUUGGAGAAUCUUAAAGUGGAGUAACACAAAGUUGGAAAUGAUUAAAUUGGGGGAAGGGAGACAGGAAAGAGUUGGAUUUUUCAACCUGUUUAAAAUAUAAAUGUGAGUUUCCACAAGUGGUGGGAAGAAAUAGUGGAGAGCACUUCUGGCAGAAUAUAAAUGGGGUCCCAAAGAAAAAAAGUCUGGCAGUAAGAAAAAGAAAAUCUCCAAAGCUGAGCGACUAAAACAGCUACAAGAGGAGGAGGAGAAGAGACGAAAAGAGGAAGGUACAAAAUAAACAAUGGUACUGUUUUUAUAUACAGAGGAAGCCCGUUUGAAACAUGAGAAAGAAGAACUGGAAAAACUUGAGAAACAGCGAAUUGAGAGUGAAAAGUGGCAUCAACUUGAAGAAAAAGAUCUAAAAAGGAGAACUGAAGAACUUGGAGAACUUAAUUUAUUAGAGGGAUGUUUUCUCGAAGCAGAGAAAUUGAAACGGGAUACUAGAUCACUUUCUCAGUGGAAACACUACCUUCAAUGUGAUGGGAGUCCUGAUCCUUCAAUAGCCCAAGAAUGAAUACUUUUAUUAGCUUGUGGAAAGAGGAAACAAAUCAGACUUUUGAGGAAGUGAUUGAGAAAAGUAAAUUAGUUCUACGCUUAAUUGAAAAAUUGAAAUUGAUUUUAAUGGAAAUGCCACCAUUUGAUUUGGAAGAACAAAGUAUAAUACAAUACCAAGGAUCAAUUCUACAACUUCAGGAGCUCCUUCAUCUUAAGUUUAACAAAGCCACAGAAAUACUUCUCAGACAAGCUAGUACUUUAGCAGAUUUGGACAGUGGGAAUAUGGAAAAAGUCAUUCAAGAUGAAAAUGUUACCUUAUAUGUGUGGGCAAACCUGAAGAAGAAUCCAAGGUUCAAAAGUGUCAAAUUUGCUGGAACACAAAUUGGAUUUGAAAUUCCAAGGAUAUUGGCAACAAGUGACAUUGCUAUCCGUCUCCUACAUACUCACUAUGAUCAUGUUACUCCACUGCACUUUGUUCGAACAGAACAAGAAAACAGUAUCCUAAUGACUGAGGCUGCCACAGAUGAAGCCAAGACUAGAGAAUCCAAGACUAGAGAAUCCAAGACGAGAGAAUCUAAGACUAGAGAAUCUAAGACUAUAGAAGUCAAGAUUAUAGAAGAACCUGUCAACCAAGAGGAUCAGGAGGAGUAUAAACCACAAGCAAGUGACUCUAACUUAAAUUAUGAGGAUGAAACAAAAGUUGAAGAACAAGGUGUUACUGAAGCACAAAGGACUUCUGAAGCCAUAAAAGGUGAACUGGAGAUAAAAUUAUUAAGUGAAUCAGUUUCAGCAGCACAGUUGUUCCUGAUAGAGAAUACUACUGAAAAGCCAGAUAUCUAUGAAGACAAUGAGGUGGAUUUAUGUCAAUUCACAACUCUGGGUGGAGUGUACCACUUGGAUAUUUUGGAGCUUCCCCCACAGUGUAAACCAGUGAAAGGUUGGAUGAUUGUACAAAUACUCCAAGAAGGAUUACAGAAAUUCACAUAUCGUGCAGAAACCAUGGAAGACUUUGAAACAGAAAGCACUUUUCCGCCUAUAGAGGUCACGCUCAAGGUUCAUGAGAAAGUGAUCUUUUUCGAGGAUCCUAUGGUUGUAAGGUGGGAUGCUGAAGGUAAACAUUGGAGAACUGAUGGCAUCAGUAAUGUAUUUUAUGAUGCAGAAGACAGACUUAUAUCAUUCAGCCUGGAAACUUUUGGCCCUGUUACCUUGAUUCAGGACACUCAUAUUAACAUGCCAUUCCACUCAUGGGAAUUAAGACCACUUGAAAUUAACAAUGUACUUUUGACUGUGACUACAAUAUUUACUGAGAUUCAGAUACAAAUUAAGGAAAACCUCUGCAUGUUAGCAUCAAUCAAACUAAAAGGCAAAGAACCCAUCUCUAUUUUGGAAGGAAAAUGGAUGAGUCCUAUAUCUUUCAUUAUUGCUCUGAAAGAAGCUGGACUGAAUAUCUUCCCUGCUGGAUACUCUCAUUUUUAUGUUGUUAUAAACAAUAAGACUACAUCGGUAGAAAUGAAAGCUUAUCGACAAAUGGCCCUGCUAAGUUCUGCUUUUGCAUUUGGUUGGAGCAAGUGGAAUAUAGUAUGUCAUUAUACAAAAGUCAUAUUUAAGGUGAGGGAACAACCAAGUGAAGAGCUUACUGAGAAUCCUAACUGGGUCCUUCUAAUGUUUAGUGGUGACAGAGCACAAAGACUCAAGAUGAAUGAAGAGAGUGAGUCAUUCUCGGAAGCACUUCAAGAAGGAACUGAGUUUCAUUCCACUCUGUAUCACAUGAUGAAGGAUAUUGCUUCCAGGGAAGCAAUGGAGAAAAUCAAUAGUUCCAACUGCCAAUUUAUUGACUCUGUUUGUUAUAUGCUACUCUCUACUAGAUUGCUCAGCUAUUCUUAAAUCUCUACUUGUAAACUAUUCAGUGUGAAGAAUCAAGCAUGUUGUGAGGAAAAUCAGGUAUAUUUCAAAGUGUAAUAAGUGAAUAAUUUAAAAACAGGCUAUUAAAAUUAUUGAAUAGUAUUUUAUAUUCAAAUUUUAUUUUAAACAAAGUGGGUUUUUUUCUUUGGGCUAUUGAGAAUUUCAGCUUUCACUGUAUGAAGAUUUCAAUGGAUCUUUAUUUAGAUAAAUUUUAGCAAAACAAUAUAUAUUUCUUUCUCAAAGAACUCAUUAAAAUAUAGGCAAAUUCUCCUCUCUAUAGUUUAGUUGGGAAGGUGAUUGCAAAAAGUGAGAAUGUAAAAUAUUUUACAGUUAUUCUGAGAACCUCUGGUUUUGUGCUAUACUUUCCCAGCUAAAAGUUACUAAUUUAUCAAGUUCAGAUACUGAAACAUUAAAAAUCAAGAUAUCAGGAUGCACUACAGUCACACUGGUGGUGGCCCAUUGUGGCAGAGGCUGGUAAAUGGCCACAAAAUAUGUUCGAGAGAGAGCCAGGAGUCCCCUUCUUGUGUGGGGGCAGCAUCCACAGACUUUUGGAAAAACUGGCCUGUAAGGAAGCUCAUCAGAGCUGCAAACAGUACAAUGAACACCACAGAAAGCCAGAAGGCCUUGUUAACAUUCCUGAUGGAAGUCUUGAGAUUUGUUGCCCAGGAAGCUAUUGUGUCAUAACUAUGAGGAAAACACAAACAGAAGUGGGUAAGCACAAUUAUUUGUUAUUAGAAAUACUCCUUCUGCUAACAGCACCAAUCAAGCCAUUGAUCUGACCUACACACAACCAAUACUGCCUUAUGAUGCAUCCUCCUGAUUUGAGGCACCAUGGCCCCACAUUGCCCCUUAGAAUUACAUGUGUUCUGCUGAGAACCUGGAAAUUAUGUGGUUUAGGCAUCAACUCCUAAAAAGUACAUACACAGAUUCAUCUUAUUCUUUCAAUCAGGUAAAGCAACUUUUAUUCCUACAGUGGAACCAAAAUAAUAUUUACUUGGUAGAACAGGUUGUAUGUGUAUGUUCUUAUGUAUGUGUAUAUAUACAUGUCAUUUCUCACUACAAACAUUUUUUAGAAAUACCAGAAACCAAAACUUACUUGAAAGUAGGUUUUGUACUAAGCAUCUUAGAGAUGCCAGUUCAUUUAACCAGGACAACACAAUGAUAUAGGUACUGCUGUCAUCUCUAUUUCCUAAACAAAGACACUGAUGCUUACAAAUGGAUGUACUUGCCCAGGUCACACAGCUAGUAAGAGAGCUGGAAUUUGAGUCUAGGCUAUUUGGUUUCAGAGUUAGUUCCUAACACUGUCAACUCUUCUGCCUCUUGUAAACUAUGUUCAAGGAUAACUACUGUAGUAGAUUAAAGUUUGUUACUCAUCUUAAAUUUAACAAUUUGGCAUGUGUUUUAGUAAAGUAAUUUGAUUAGUACUGUUAACCCUGCCUUUCCCUUUCCACUCAAGUAUAAUUUAGCAAGCAGACAACUUACAAGGAAGAGACAUCCCACUUUGAUGGAUUAUUUUUCUUUUCAGAAAGGCUUGUCUUCCUUGUCCUUUCUACUAUUUCUUCUUCAGGAGGUUCUGAGUCAUCUUUAGUUCUGUAAAUAAGUAUUGUUUUUAAAUAUUGAAACUAAUGAUGAUAUGUUAUAAUUUAUAAGAUAUUGCUAAGCUUGCUGUAUAAAUCAAGGGGUGCAUGAAUAUUUGUUUUGCUUUAUGAAGAUUUGAUAUCUAAAAAUUAAAUUCCUAUAAAUUUGGUUAAAUUCCUAUAACUUCUUCUAUACAGAAAACUAGUAAAUGCUUAUGCAGAAAACUGAGAUAUUAACCAAAGACACACAAAAGGAAUAAACAAAAACAUAAUCAACCAAUGUUAUUACUGUAAUUUCUUUCUCUACAUAUAUAUCUUUAGAUAUACAUAUCUUUAUAUAUAUGCAUAUAUGUAUAUUUAUCUUUAACCAUACUUUAUAAAGGGGAUAAAUGUAUCUACAUUUAAUUCUUUUCAUUUGAAAUAUGGUAAAAAAUUUUCUCAUUACUUGGAAUAAAAUCAAAGUGUCA